GUUUCUGCUUUAAUUCUGUUGGUCUGCACCUUCCUUCCAUCUUUCUUUUCAGACAACUACAAGAGUACUUUUCUCUUGUUUCGAGACCAGGAAUUUUGUUCCAUCUUUAUGUUCCACACCGCCGAUUUAUCGUUCUGCAUUUUUUCUUCCUUUCUCUUUUUCAAAGACCAACGUUUAUCAUUAUUUGAAAUUUUUAUCAUCGCAGUAUUCGCCCCUUUUUUAUAUUUUUUUUAGCUGUUCUGUGUUGUGCUUUGCGCUGCCUUUUUUCGGCAAUUUUCAUUACUCUUAUUUAAAAGCCAAUUUAUUUUAUUUCACCUCCUGCUCACACGCACGCACAUCAUCCCGCCUUUUACUCCUGUUUUUAUAUAUUCUACACAAGUCGCGCUUGCGAUUGUAUAGUACUCUGUUUGCGCAUCAUUGAAUAUUCGUUUACUUAUUUAUUACUAGAAUAGACCGUAGUUUUUUUGCCCUCAUGCGGCCGUCAAUAGAAAUCACAAACAAUCCCCAGCCUCCGGCCUGGACACAGCCACAAAUAUCAGAAAAACGGCAGCAGCGGCAGCACUCGAUUCCACACGCACACAUUACCAAUGAAAAGCAAGGGACCAUUGUUAUCGAUGCGGCCGCCAACAAUGACAGGACAAUCCGAACAGCCGUAUCCAGGGCUGUAUUAUUAACGUCGGCAAAGGAGCGGGUCUUAAAAAUAGUGAGGCGUAACCGCGCAAUUUGGAUUACAAUCGAGACACUCGUAUGCGUGUUGAUCCUGGUUCUGUUAGUUUUAUACAGUUAUCGAUUCAAUAAAAACCAGAGGGACAACGCAUAUGUGCGGUGGUCGUCCAGCUGGGUGAUGGUCCUGCUCUCCAUCCUGCUCGUUGUUUCCGGAUUUGCGAUAUUCAUUACGGCGUACUACUACCGCACGGUUAUAGUGUGGGUGAAUGACCCGCAGACGACAGAUGAGGAGGUGCAGAAUCCGCGCGCUCGGAACGCCCACAAGUUUAGCUGGGCGUUUUUGAAAUCGAGGCGCCGUGCCAGAAGCGACGCCCAGCCGCAGUCUCGGCCGCCCUCACUGCUUCCGACGUACAGCAGUUAUCACCGGCAUCUUGCGGUGCAACACCAGUACCAGCAGAGCCAGAACCUCGAGGCCCCUGAUAUGCAGCGUCCGUGGCUUUCUACGCGCGGCAAAAAUCCACGUGCUUGGCGCCAGAUGCGUGCGAACGAGCGAUUGCAUCACCAGUGGGGCGGUGCGCUACAGCGAGACUCGAGCAUGUCUAGCACAAGUUUAAACAACGUGUCGCUGCCAUUCGGUCCUGUGGAGCCGGGUGCUCUUAGGCGGCCACCGCAGACGGGACGUCAUCAGAAGGUGCCCAGCACCCCUGCUCCGCUUUAGGUGUUCUGUCCAAAAAAAUCCCCCACACUCGAAAUAUGUAAAAAUAAAAUCUUUUUUAUCGACCAGUCAA